AUGGUGGUGUUGGAGAGACAGGUGUUUGACUUCCUGGGGUACCAGUGGGUGCCCAUCCUGGCCAACUUCUUCCACAUCAUCCUUGUCAUCCUCGGCCUCUUCGGCACUAUACAGUACCGACCACGCUACAUUGUAGGGUACACAGUGUGGACAGCUCUCUGGGUGGCCUGGAAUGUCUUCAUCAUCUGUUUCUACCUGGAUGUGGGAGGCUUGACCAAGGAAAGUGACCUGCUGACGUUUAACAUCUCGGCUCACCACUCGUGGUGGAGGGAACAUGGUCCAGGGUGUGUGAGGAGAGAGAUGACAGGGGUCCGCACCGUGGACAGCCAGUCCUACAUCUCUGUCAUGGGCUGUCUCAUGGAGUACCAGUACAUAGAGGUCCUACACAGUGGAACACAGAUCCUCAUCGCUCUCCUGGGCUUUGUGUACGCUUGCUACGUCAUCAGCGCCAUCACUGAGGAGGAAGACAGCUUUGAUUUUGUUGGUGGAUUUGACCCAUUUCCCCUCUACCAUGUCAAUGAGAAACCAUCCCAUCUCCUCUUAAAGCCCACGUACCUGUCUACGUAAAUAGGGUCGGAAGGCAACACUGCGGGUUCUGAUGGAAACAAAAUGGCUGCUCUGACUGACACAACAACAGUCCCAGAAUGCACUGGGGCAGGCCAGACAUUCCUCUGAUUCUCUACAUCUCCUCAGUACUUUAAACAUGUAAAUUACUGGUGCUCUGCUUAAUAAUGACUGUACUUCCCA